CAUGUUCGUCUGGAUAUUCGAAAAUAUCCACACACUCUGUGGCCCAAGUCAUGCAUACAUACGCGCGUUCUCUCUUCUCGUCUUCAGCAGCAUCUUUCUAAAUUUGAAAAAUUUUCAUAAUGAGCGUUCAUUCAAAUUAAUUUUCAAAAUAUUGAAUCAGUGCGAGCGAGUCACUCAGACGGAAACCACACACUAUUCGUUAAUAUUGGUCUGUUGUGAUUAAAGAAAAGUAAAAGUGAUGCAAAACUGAAUUAUCAUUAGAUAUACAAACAUACUUUCAUAUAAAAACUAUAUAUUUUUCAAAUAUGAAUUAUUGUGCUCUAUUUUGAUAAUUGUUUUGUGACCUCAGCAGUAAAGCAUACUACAUACACACAAUUUAAUACGCAAAACUAUUGACAUCACAAGAGUCACAAGUACGUUCUGAAACGGCUCAUUUGUGUAGUAAUAUGUUUCGUGUCUCGCAGGAGAUUCGGUUGAAUACAAGCAGCAGCGCUGAAGUGGCACGCUACUGCAACACCACGAAUGCCGACAGUGAAAAUGAUUGUAUUUUUGGAAAAUACCAAAGAACCCCAGACGCGGAUGCAUACCCCACAGAAAAUCCGUUGGUGCUAGUUGCACCCGAAUUAACAGACCCCAGCAAGGUGCAACUUCUUCACUUCCCAAAUGGCGCAAUGCGUGUCAAUUCUGAAGUGGAUUUCAUAAUCAAACGUAAUGGUGUGAAAGGAAAUUUCGAAGUAAAGGUUGAGAGCCCCUCUGGCAUAACCACUAUCACACCUCUACAAAUUAUUGAUCCCGAACGUUUAAGAGCAAACUUUCAACUGAAAGAGGCAGGUCUCUAUAAAGUGCACAUCAAAUGUAAUUCCGUGCCAUUACCCAAAUCGCCAUUCAUCAUAGUCUCCAUUUGCGGUGAGCCCGAGAGCAAUGUACACAAAAUGGAAUUGCCCGUAUUCAAAUCAGACGCCAGUUGUGUGACCUAUCGUGGACUUGGUCUAACACACAUUUCACUGGAAGAGAAGAACGAGUUCACCGUUGACGGUUCGGCAGCGGGCAACAACAUGUUGUUUGUGGGUAUAUUCGGACCCAAAGGACAAUGCGAUGAAGUCGUCAUUAAACAUACGGGAAAUAAUAUUUACAAAAUUACAUAUGAAGUGCGUGACCCGGGUGAUUAUUUGCUAGUGGCCAAGUGGGGUGACGAGCACAUACCAGGUUCGCCAUUCCAGCUGAAUGCCAUAUAAAGUUAGAGGAGCUAUUAUGUUGGUGUUUAUUCGUUUAUUUUCCAUAGUUACAUAAGCCCAACAAAAUAUACAGUCGUACUUAAUAUAAUUAUAAUUAAUGUUAAUAUAUUUAAAACCAUUACACAAAAGCAAAUUAUUAGCAAAUAUCGACUCAUAUUUUCCUUAAUUGUAUCACCUUUCAAUAAUUCACCAAGAUUAUGUAUGUUGUAAUUGAAAUUUGUUAGUAAAUAAAUAGCGAUCUAAACUUAAAAACACAA